AUGAGAGGAACAGGAAAUGAAUCCUCUGGGGCAGGCAGCAAAGCCUGCUGGAGUGGUUCGAAAGUAAAAGAAACCUUCCAGGAGGCGUUUCCAACCCCACCCCUUUCCUCUCUGCCGGGUUUCCAUGGUUUUUUGUUUUUUUUUUUUUUCUCUCAAGUGCCAGGAAGCAGCCUCAGGAAUCAGGACGUGUGAAGUUAGGCAGUCUAGGGGUCUUGGCCUCGGGAAUUUGGUGACUGUGAGGUUGCCGGGACGGGGUGGAGCAGGCCCCAGGCCGUGGUGAGGACCCCAGGAUUUGCCUCCUUGAUGGGCCAGGAGAGAAGAGGCCUGUGAAGCGGCUGCCACGGUGAGGAUCCCAGGAUUUGCCUCCGGUUACAACUACAUCCUCCUAACGCUUGAGCAGCAUGAAUUUCAACAGAUGUCUCUAUAAUAUUGGGGAACAUUUGGACAGUGAUGACCUGGCUUCCCUCAAGUUCCUGAGCCUGGACUACAUCCCACAUAGGAAGCAGGAACCCAUCAAAGAUGCUCUGAUGUUAUUCCAGAGGCUCCAAGAAAAGAGAAUGUUGGAGGAAAGCAACUUGUCCUUCUUGAAGGAACUGCUUUUCCGAAUGAAUAGACUGGAUCUUCUGAUCAAUUACCUGGAAACCAAUGAGGAGGAGAUGGAGAGUGAGCUUCGGAUACCAGGCAGGGCCCAGAUCUCUGCCUACAGGGUCAUGCUUUUUCAGAUUUCCGAAAAUGUGACCAGGUCGGAAUUGAAGGACUUUAAGUUUUUUUUGAGUCAGGAGAUUGCCAAAUGUAAACUGGAUGAUGACAUGACCUUGCUUGAUAUGUUUAUAGAGAUGGAGAAGAGGGCCAUCCUAGGGGAAAGAAAUUUGGAGACUCUGAAAAGAAUCUGUGAACAAAUCAACAAGGCCCUGCUGAAGAAAAUCUGUGAUUAUGAAGAAUUAAACAAAGAUCGAAGAAUGAGCCUUGAAAGUGCUUCGGAUGAAUUUUCAAAUGAUAUGUCUCAACUGGUGAUCCAGGAGGGGUCCCUGGGAGAGCUGGCCAUGUCGGACUGUCUGGGAGAACAGGACAGUGAUUCAGAGGCAUCAGAAGCAGUUUACCGAAUGAAAAGCAAGCCUCGGGGAUACUGUUUGAUCUUCAACAAUUAUGAUUUUAGUGUAGCACGGAAGAAUAUAGCCAGACUUCACAACAUUAAGGAUAGAAAUGGAACAGACUUGGAUGCAGCGGCUCUGAGCAAGACCUUUAGUGAUCUUCAUUUUGAAGUAAGGCCUUACAAAGAUGUCACAGCAAAGGAAAUCUGUGAUGUUCUGGAAUACUACCGAAACUUGGACCAUAAUGACAAAGACUGCUUUGUCUGCUGCAUCCUCUCCCAUGGAGACAAGGGCAUCAUCUACGGCUCUGAUGGGAGGGAAGCCCCCAUCUAUGAUCUGACCUCUUAUUUCACUGGUUCGAAGUGCCCUUCCCUUCUUGGUAAACCCAAAAUUUUUUUCAUUCAGGCUUGUCAAGGGGAUAAAUACCAGAAAGGUAUAGCUAUUGAGACAGACUCAGAACAGACAGAAGCCUAUUUAGAAAUGGAUUCAUCACUUCAGAAGAGAUAUAUCCCAGACGAGGCGGACUUCCUGCUGGGGAUGGCCACUGUGAACAACUGUGUUUCUUACCGAAGCACCAUGGAGGGGACCUGGUAUAUCCAAUCACUGUGCCAGAGCCUGAAAGAAAGAUGUCCCAGGGGUGAAGAUAUUCUUACCAUCCUCACCAAGGUGAACUUUGAAGUAAGCAAUAAGGAUGAUAAGAAGAAUAUGGGCAAACAGAUGCCACAACCUACUUUCACCCUGAGAAAAAAACUCUUCUUUCCUCUUAAUUAAUGCUAUUGUUUGAUUGCAUAACACUAUGCUUAAUUUAUUGAAGGGCUGCUAUUUUCCCUAUUUUGGGGGGUGGGCUAGAUUGAAGGGGUAGUGCCUGAGUCAUUUUUAUGCAAAUUCAAAGCUAAAUCUUUGACUUUUCAAUAGCUAGGCUGUAACAGCUACAGGCAUGAUUUGAAUUAUUUUUAAUUCGAUGAAAAAGUUUAAAAAUAAACUAGCAGAUACAAACAGUUAUAUUUUAAAAGAUAAAAAGUUUAAAGAAAUGUAACAUCACAAAGGAUCAAAAACAGCAGAUGAAUGUUCUUCCCACAUCUUUCAUCUACCUUCAGCCCAGAAUAAUUCAGUUGAAUUCUCUUCAAACUGUUAAGUAUUAAAAAAAAAAAAAUUAAGGAAGUCAUUCCAAAGUUUUAACCUCAAACACAGAGUUAAUGGUAGCACAAAGGAAAAGUUUCCUACUUGAGAGCUCAGAAUAAAUGAAGGUUUUUAAAAUUAAAUCAGCAAUCAUGGAAGAAAAAUCCAUAUUAAAUAAAAAUAAAAUGUUAGGAGAAGGCAUUGAGAAAAACCAUAAUCUCAGUCCCCUCCUGAGGAGGGCUGAUUCCCUAUUCCUGGUUCAGACUUAAUUUCUGCGGACUGGAUGUGAUUUUAUGGGAAAGCAUAUGAGCUAUUCAAUUGGUAUGCAAGAGGAGAGCCAGCGCGCUCACUCACAGAUGACUCCGGAAGCUUGAUGUUGACAGUGAGAGAGCCAUGGCCCCUGAUUGCUGAUGUGAGUGUGACCAGCAACCUCAGAAACACAUGAGCCUCUGCCUCUGAGCCAUGAGAAGACUUUACUUGUCAGUAGGAAAAGACUCCCUGACUCUGUUUAGACUUUGAUUUCAAAAGCCUGGCUUUUGAAUGAUUUUCCUUGUUUAAAAUUAGUUGUAAGUAUAGCUUUCAGCCCACUUUUAAGAGGACUGAUGUUAAUAGAGUUUUAACUUUAUACUUCUGGGACUACUUCCCAAAUUAUUGUACACACUAAUUUACAAAUUAAAAAAAAAAAACUAAAAAAAAAAUUCUUGUGUUAGAAACUUUAAACGAUUCUAAAUAUUUUAUUAUUUGUAUUUCCAAACUUGCUUUUUAGGCUUUCAGUACUUAGAAUAUAUACAUGCUUCUAUAGCAAUCAAUAUGAUUUGCUUUUUUGCUAACAAUGCUGUGCCUCUUUUAUGCAUUUGCCCGUUAUCUGUUCAUUUCAAAUCUUUAGUAAUUUAGUAAAUUAUCUUUCAAAGCUAAUUUUAAAAAUAUGAACUUUUUUUUAAUGGAAUAAAUAUAAUUUUUCUUAUUA